GUGUUGUACGGAGGGACCUUUUUCCAGGUCAGCUGAGGUACUUUUGACUAUCUGAUUACUAUUAGUACCGAUGUCCUACCCUUAGUUUUAAAAUUUACUUGAUCUCAGGGUACAGACUCCCAUGAAAAGAGAUAUCUCUCUUUCAUCCACUUCAAUGACUGAUAUCAACGGAUCAGGCCCACUGAUCCGUUUAGCCCCGAGAUUCAGAACUCACAAGUCUUCAGGGGCUUGAAAGGCGCAUCGUCAUACCUAAACAAGAUUUCACAGUCACUGUGGUCCUUCUGCAAUCAACGAGACAUCAGACUAUCAUCGAACAAAGAGAACAUGGAUCCCUUUGACCGUCUCCCUUGGUUUGUGAUCCGAGAUAUUCUCUGUCUCCUACCCGACCUCCCAACCCUGCACAGGCUUCAUGAUGCAUCACCGGCAAUAGCUGCCUUCCUUCGACAUGAGAAUGGACUCUUUUCCCAGAUUGUGGAAACAAUUAUCUCCCAAGAGCGCGAGUUUGGUCUCCUGCCACAGGUUCAGGCAUUACUACGCAUACUUGUCUUCAUAUGGUGGCGGACUUUCCCUAGCGAAUCCAAUAGUGAGCUAAAAAGCGAGACUAAUCCGCUACCGAGUUCAUACAAAGAUUUCUUUGAGCAUAUCCGUUCCACUGUGCAAGCGACGUUGAAAGACGGCGAGUGGUUUGAACCUUGGGACCUUGGUCCUAGCUAUGCCGACGCACCUCUACCGAAGUCGACACCCUCCAUCAUUCUCUGUCGGCUCCUCGCUUUCUCUAGCAGGUUCCGUCAAAUAAUACAUGUAUACUUUCAUGAGAUGAUCGCCCGCUGUAUGGCACUCAAGCCUGGGUAUGAUCCGGACGAUCUCCCAUUUAUGGACAUUAAACCCGAUAAACGCUGUUCGAGACUACCUGUCAAACCACACAUGCCCAGAGAUAUUGGACCGCCAUCUUGGAUUGAAGAGCAGCGAUUGUUACGAUGUUUUAUUCGCAUAUUUCUAUUUUUGGAGCUCCAGCAUGCGAUUCGCACCCGCGGCCUCUAUACUACGGAGAAAGCAGCGCUAUCGGUACAAGAAGAUAGCGUGGAUAGCUUUUGGGACAAGAUAAUGGACAUACCUGGUGAGAGAUACCAAAUGAACUCACUCAUAGUAUGGUUGGUUCGUGAAGCGGGGUCUGUGGACAGUAUAGAGCACUGGAUGAUUUCUGCUUCCGUUUCAGAGACGCCAAUUUACUGCUGCCCCAACUUGAGACCGCUGACACCAAUCCAAUUAAAGUGGCGGGAAACGAAACUGUAUAAAUUGGUUCAAUAUAUUCCCUUUUGUCAUCACAGCUACUAUUGCAUAUUGCCUAAUUUUCCCAAUAACGGUUAUCCUGAACAUUCUGUCCUCUAUCCACUCGGUGUCUUCUUCUGGGACGGAAUUAGGGUCGAGGCUCUAGGAUUUCUGCGAGAGAAUCAUAAUCUUACCUUAGAAGCAUAGUCUGCCCACUAUUCUUCUUAUUGGAAAAGAGUUGAAACUUAU